GCAAGUUUGUAAUCUGUUAAAAAAGCAAUAAAUUGCAUGUAUGGUCUUUCAGCUUAAGCAAAGAGAGCUAACAUAGCUGAUUCAAUAGAGGAGGGGAAAUAAAGAAGACAAAUCUGUGAUUAGAUUAAAUAAUGGUUGAAUUUGGAAACUGUUGCUUUGGAGGUUCAUCAUCAUUCCAUGAAAUAUGGAAGCCAAGCUUGGCCAUGAUACUUGUUCAGAUUUGCUUUGCAGGGAUGAAUAUAUUAUCAAAAAUUGCACUGGACCAGGGAAUGUCUCACUUUGUAUUGGUAGUUUACAGGCAUUUAAUCGCUACAAUAGUUACAGCCCCUUUGGCUUAUAUCUUGGAAAGGAAGACCAGGCCAAAGCUAACAAUCAGAAUCUUUUGUGAAAUUUUUAUCAGUAGUUUGGUCGGGAUCACACUGAAUCAGAAUUUUUACUACACAGGAUUGAAUUAUACAACUGCGACAUUUUCAACUGCACUGCUCAACCUAGUACCUGCCGUUACUUUUCUAAUGGCUAUUGUUUUUAGGAUGGAAAGUCUAAACAUUAGGAGUCUGGCUGGUCAAGCAAAGAUAGUUGGAACUUUAAUUUGUGUGGGGGGAGCCAUGACAAUGACAUUGUACAAAGGAAUUAAAUUACAGCUGUGGUCAUCACCUUUCCAUUUGAAUCAGCACAAUGAAAGCACUCACAAAACUGAAGAUUUGACAAAAGGUUCUUUGUUGGUGUUGAUGUCUUGUAUCUCCUUUUCAGCAUGGAACAUUUUGCAGACAAGCAUAACUAAGAAAUAUCCAGUUCAGUACUCCAGCACUGCCCUAAUGUGUUUUUUGGCCACAAUACAAUCUGCUAUUAUAACGCUUAUUUUUGAAAGAGAUCAUUAUGAGGUGUGGGUUUUAGGUUGGAAUGUCCAGCUUCUUGCUGCUAUAUAUUCUGGUGUUGUAGCUUCAGCAAUAUCUUUUUGUUUGAUGACAUGGUGUAUAGAGAAAAUGGGUCCUGUAUUUACUACUAUGUUUUGGCCACUUGUAUUAAUAAUAGUAGCUUUAUUGGGCUCUAUACUUCUUGACGAGAAGUUUUAUUUAGGAAGUGUUAUUGGUGCGGUUCAGAUUGUUAUAGGUCUAUACAUUAUGCUUUGGAGUAAAAGCAAAGAAAUGGAAAAGAUUGUAAAGACUACUAGUACACUAUCUUUUAUCUCUAACAAUAAAGAAUCAAAUAGUGCGGAACAAAAAGAAGAAUUGAUGACAAAUUGA